AUAGUCACAGUGAAGACGAAGAUUCUCUCAUUUUGCCACAGCUCCAGAGCCAGCUCCCCUCGGUCUAGUUUUAUUAUUUUCUUCCUUACUUUUUAUGUUCACAAGAUGGAAUCAGCAAAGUUCACAGUGAUUGGACCCCAUGACCCUGUCACUGCCAUCCUGGGUCAGGAAACUGUAUUACCCUGUCACCUAUCCCCCAGGAUGAGCGCUGUAAACAUGAAGGUGAGAUGGUUCCUAUCUCAGUUUUUAUCCUUUGUGCACCUGUACCAUGAUGGGAAGGAUCAGUAUGAAAGGCAAAUGCCAGAAUAUCAGGGAAGGACAAAACUUUUGAAAGCUGGACUCACAGAUGGAAAUGUUCCCUUGAGGAUUCUCAAUAUCAGACACUCCGAUGAAGGACAAUACUGCCGUUUUGUUCAAGAUGAUACUUUUUAUGAAGAAACUGUAUUGGAACUGCGGGUAGCAGGUCUGUGCUCUGCUCCUCUCAUCUCUGUUGAGGGUCACCAGGAUGGAGGGAUCCAGGUGGUUUGUCGAUCAGCUCAUUGGUACCCAGAGCCUGAGGUUCUGUGGAAAGACCUCAAUGGGUAACAUUUACCAUCAGUCUCUGAAACAAAAUCCCAAGGGGAUAACAAUCUUGUCAAAACAAAAACUGCUAUGAUUGUGAAAAAACAUUCAAACCAAAACUUGUCCUGUUGCAUCAGGAACACUGUUCUCAAUCAAGAAAAGGAAU